CCACAAAAACCCUCUUCAUACAUGGCUUUGAGAUCACCAUUUCGUUCGUCUUCAAUCUCUCAAAAUCCAUCUCUGAAAGUUAACGUUUUAUUUUUGUUAGCUCACAUACACAGCCUCACAAAUUCAAGCUCCAAAAAUAAAGUUUUGCAUUCUUUCAAAAAACCCCUUGAACGAUCUCCACUUGCUAAAUUCCUUAAAGAAAAUUGUCGAUCAGGUAACUUUACUCUGAAUGAAGCAUUGUACUUUUUUUAUUACAUGAUUAAUUCGCGACCCAUUUGUCCAAUUUUAUCAUUCACUACUUUGUUUAGUGCACUGGCUAAGAAGAAGCAUUAUUAUGAAUUGAUUUCGCUUUAUAAGCGGUUGAAUUCAACUGGGUUGUCUCCAGAUUUAGUGUCUUUGACCGUUUUGAUUAAUUGCUUUUGUAAUAUUAAAAGGGUUUCUAAUGGUUUUGCCGUUUUUGGAGGGAUUUUGAAGAAGGGUUUCAGCACAGAUGCUGUGACUUUUACUUGUUUGAUUAAAGGUCUGUGCGUAGAGAGUAAGUUUAGGGGGUCGAUGGAAUUGUUUAAGAAAAUGGUUGCUGUUGGUUUUAGGCCUACUGUGAUUACUUAUGGGACUUUGAUUGAUGGGUCGUGUAAAACAGGGAAGAUAAAUGUUGCCAUUAAGUUACAUGAAGAAAUGACUAAGGGGAAGGAAGAAUCUGGUGUUAUUUGUAUGCCAAAUGUUGUUAUUUAUAAUACUAUGAUUGAUGGCCUUUGUAAGGAUGGAUUAAUUGAGAAGGCAAGACAAUUGUUUUUGGAAAUGAAGGGUUUGGGAAUUAGUGCAGACGCUGUCACUUAUACCUCUUUAAUUCAUGGUUUGUGUUGUGUGGGUUAUUGGGAGAAUGAUAAAAGUUUAUUUGAGAAGUUUCUCGGCAUGAAAACCUAGUGCCAGACGUUGUAACAUAUAGCAUUUUCAUCAAUGUGUUUUGUAAAUAUGGACAACUAGAAAAGGCAAACGAGUUGUUGUUACAUAUGGAGGAAAAAGGUUGUGCUCCAAAUGUAUUCACAUUUAAUACUCUUAUGUUCAGUUUCCUCAAGAAUAAUGAGAUACCAAAAGUUGUUGAACUCCUUCAUAAGAUGGCAGAGCUUAUGAGAGAAAUGUUAGGCCAAAUAAAUGUACAAUGUCCUUAGUCAUGCAGUCACUAAUGAAGGACAAAAAAUAUCGUGAAUAUUUGAGCCUGCUUCCUUCAUUUCCUAUCCAAAAGCCAAUUUGAAGUUUUCAUGAUAAAAAUUUAUUGAGUGGUUCACCUUUUCAGAGCAGUAUCCUUGUCAGGAGUGACAGCAUUGAAAUAUGAAACUGCAAAAGCUUCAGUCAGCUGCGGAAAGACAAUAUCUAUCUUUAUGGUACGAAGAAUGCAGUUGACAUGACAACAUUGCUGUCAAGAGAAAUAUGUUGUGCCGUCACACGUGCAGUUGCUUUAACGAUGAUCCAUGAAGAUUUGGUUGAUAUGGGAUUUCAAACUGUCAGUGGAAUCUAUGAAGCAGCAUGGUCUAAAAUGGACUUGGUUACUGUUACCAAACUCCAGAAGCUUGGACUACGGAUGAUGGUCUAAGAGCACUAUGUCACAUGCGUCCGAUGGCCGUAUGGGCAAUGCAAUGGGGUGUAAGAAGCCCAAAACCUUCAAAAUUGAGAUGAAACCAGAAGCGAAUGAAGAAUCUAUGUAUAGAUAUCAUGUCGGGGUCUGUGAAGUUGCUUACCUUCUAAAGGUACCAGAUGACAAAGCGUAUAAAGGUCUUUUACAGCCAUUGUUUGAUUACACUUGCUAGAAAAAGUUUCUGUAAUUGAUUGGUUCCUGUAAUUUAUUACUGUCAUCAAAUUUUGUGUAUAGCAAGAGAUUCAUUAGAGAGAACCGGAAUAUUGGUGCAUACUGCAGUGGGUGUAAGAAAACUAUUAUGAAAUGUUAUGUAAAUUAUAUUAUUCUA